AUGAGGGCCCCUGUGGUUUGGACGAUACUCAAGCCAACUGCGCCUGCGCCAUCAACCGAACGUGGUGUUUUGCAGACUGUGGAUGUCACCCGACAACGUGCAAACGCAUGUUUCAAGGCUGCCAGUGUCUGUCACGCUGUGAUGGGCGCCGUCCGCGCCGACAGAUUUCUUUUGACUGCAUCCCAGGUCGUUGCGGAUGUGCUACAUGCGGCAAAGAUCCAAGCCCGAAGCUUCCACGCUUGA